AAUUAGGGUUUUGAAUCUAUAUAUCGUUUAAAUUUAUUAUAAUAUUAUUGGGACUAUAAAUCAGUGCGAGUAAAGAUCUAUACUAAGUAAAGAUAUUUCCGAUAUUUAACGAUGAUGAGCGUAGUCUUCAUUUUUGUAUAAAACUUACUUAAAUAUUUAUGUAAAUCUAUAAAUUACCAAAAUUCAAAUGGAUUUAAGAAUUAGGCUUCUUUUGGUUAUCAAUGUGUAUUUUUGUUUUAACGUGACAACUAACGCAAAUGAGUGUCACGACGCAAGGCAAGCAGACAUCAUAUUUGCUCUUGAUGGCUCUGGAAGUGUUGGUGUCUCACAGUUUACUUACUCUCUGAACUUUGUGUCACAGCUUGUUGACGCCUUCCCUAUAGGUUCUUCGGCCACACAAGUUGCACUGAUUAUUUUCAACAAUGCUUCUUGGAAAGAAUUUGACUUAAAUACAUACCAAGGAGCGGCAGAAUUGAAGAGAGCAGUUUUAAGAACACAGUUAAUAUGAAACAAG